AUGACUGCCAAAACGGACGUCGCCACGCUCGUGGCGCAGAUGAAUGAGGCCCUUGCUUCGAUCCACGCGACGAUCGAGGGCCUCUCGACCUCUGCCGCCGAGAGCGACACGAAACUCGAUGAGCUCGAGAAGAAGCGUGAUAACACGAUUGCAGAGCUCCAGGCCGCAUACGAACAGGAGCAAGCAGAGCUCGCGGCGGCACGGCAGAAAGAGCUGGAAGAAAUCGCCGAGCAACGGCGGAAAGAAGAUGAGGAACGCGAGGCCCGUCGGCGAAGAGAAGACGAGGAGCUCGCCGCCCGCAAAGCCAAAGAAGACGAGGAGAAAUUGCACACCUUUGAUACCACUACGCAUAACGUCGAAGACGAGAUGGAUGGCCUCAUGGACGACAUCGAAGACGAGGCCGCCAAGGUGAUAGCCGAGGGAGAAGCUAAGUUGACAGAGCUCGAGAAGAAGAGAGCAGAACUCAACCGCUUGAUCGAAGAGCAGAUGAAGGCGUCGGUGCCUCCGAUCCCGACCCGCAAGAGAGCGCGAACGGUGCGCAGAGGAGGAGGAACAAUAUCCGGUCAGCCAUCUCCCCUGCCAAAGGAGGAGACGGCAGAGAAAGCAGCCGAGAGCCCGGCCGAGAGCGCACCACCCACGCCGCCCGCCGAAGGAACUCCCGCCGCCGAAGACAAAGAUACCCAAGAAGGUGACGACUCCCAGCCACCAAACGAAGAACCAAUGGCUGAAAAGAGCUUGGAGGCGGUGAGCACGGAGGAGGCUCAAUCUAGCGAAAACAAACCCGCGACGGAGGCGGCUGCUCCCGAGGCCCAGGAGACCAGCAAAGACGACUCCGUCCCGGAGCAGCCCGAGGAGGCUGCUGCGCCGGAAGAGGCCAGCGAGCCCGCGCCUACAGAGGAGGCCAAGGAAGAGAUCCCUUCUGAACCUCCUGCGACCGAGGAGACCCAAGAAGCCCCUGCUGAGGCGGAGAGCACGUCUCCGGUAGAGGUCAGGGGCCUGGCGGUGGAAGCGCCCGAGACCGCACUGGCCGAAGAAGCUGCCCCAGCUGACGAACCCGUGGAAGAGAUCGCGCCCGCUGAGCCAACUUCUCCGGACGAGCUGGCGCAGGAGGCUUCUGGAGAUGCAGAUGCUCCCUCGACGGAUGACGCGACGCGAGAGGUUUCGGCCGAAGAGACGGCUGCACCCCAAGACACGCCUGUGGCCGAAGACGCUCUAGAAGCUGGUGACACGGCAAAGGAGAUUUCAACUGAAGCAGGUGAAGCAGAGGACACCCCUGUCGCCGACAAGGGCCUUGCAGAUGAAGCUCCGAGUGAAGAACCUGCGCAGGAGAGUGCCCCCGCAGCCGAGGAGAGUCCCGAUGUAGAGACAAGUCCCUCAGAUGAGCCAGUUGAGCAGGAGAAGCCUGCAGACGACACCGCCCCCGAGCCAAGCGCCGAGAAAGAGGAUGAUGAUACCCCGAAGAAUGAAGAGGCGCAGACUGCGGACGAUGCCGUCGAUGAUGGGGCAGAAGAGAGAGCCAUUCCUGAGAUCUCCGCUAAGGCUGUCGUUGACGAGUCGACCGCGGACGACGGCCCAAGUACGGAUCCGGUCGAGAACGGGGAGGCACAUUUAACGCCCACCGAGGAGACCGAGCAAUCCGCGGAGAUCUCGGCUGAGAGCCAAGAGGUUCCAGACGUCAGCUCCAAGGCUGUCGUAGAAGAGGAGAUCGUUCAAGACGAGACACCGGCACAUGAUGAGCCUUCACAACCGGAAGUCGCCGCGGUACAAGACAAUCUUCCCGCACAAGAUGAUGGCCCAUCACCGGAAGAGGCUGAAGUCACCGAUGCCCCUGCAAAGGAUGAGACUGAGGACGACACUAGUCCUAAGGAAGACCUUGCGAAGGAGGAAGAAGUUGUCUCUGACCAUGAGAAGUCUGCCGAGGUGCCUGUGGAGGCACCUGCCGAGGAAGUUUCUGUACCAGAUACCACCCCGGCCGAGGAUGACAGCCUUCCCAAGGACGAGGUCACCGCCGAAAGUUACGCAGAAGAGCCAGCAGAGGACACGCCUGGAGCAGCGGAUGAUGAGUCACCAGAGGCCGAGCAAGUUGAGCAAAGCACUGUCCCAGAGCCUGAGCAGGUGCCGACAAGGGACUUGGCUGUGGAGACAACAGAGGAUCAGGACAAGCCUGAAGAUGCUGUCGAAGCCUCUGCCGCAGAUCAACAACCCGUUGACGAUGCCACAGUCGAAGUAGAAGAGAUUCGAGACUUGGAGGACAACCAAAGCGGCGCCGUCGUCGCAGAUGACGCCGAUGGCAAAGCCUCGGAUGAAGCUCACGCUUCUGAUAAUCCCCAAGCCCCAGUCGAUCUCGCCCCAGACGACUCUCAAUCCAAGGAUGAGGACCACCAAGACCAGCCAGCAGAUGAGCAAGUAGUUGAGCCUUCCCAGCCCGAGGAGAAAGUUGAGCAACAAGACACUCUCGGCACCGAUGACAAUGCCCAGGCCCAAGGUGCCUCUCAAGAAGUUCAAGCGGAAGUCAGUGACCAACCCCCGACAACCCAGGAGGAGGAAGAGCAUCUACCAACCACUGCCAGCAAAGAUCUUGAAGAUGCAGAUUCCAAAGAGCGGGACGCUGUGCAUUCGGACGGAGAGGAACACGCUCGUGGUGUCCUUGACGCAGACGAUUCCGCUCAUGGACCUUCUGACGCCGCCACCGACUCCAGUACUGUGACAGAGCCUGCUGAAGUCUCUGACGCCCCCGAGGUUGAUCAGACCGAGGGGAAGAAGGAGGCGGAGGACGUUGCCGAGUCCCAUGAGCCAGAAAGUGCCGUUGGGCAAGAGGUUAAAGAGGCUGCUGAGACCGAGAAGACUCCUGUUGCCGAGAGCGACGAGCCGGCACAGUCGCCGGAGCCUCAAGUCGAUGAUGAGCAUGCGGAGUCUGUUUCAGCUUUGCAUGUGGACGAGGACAAGGACGAAUCGCCAUCAGCGCCCGUUGAGGACGACAAGAGUGACCAAGACGACGCUGAGGCCAUCGAGCGCUCUACAUCUCCUGAGCUUGGCGAAGUCGAGGAAGCGAAGGAAUCUCCAGACGUCGUUCCUCCUGCGGAGGUCGAAGUCGCGGCUGAUCGAGACCUCGAGGAUACACCUGCGGUUAAAGACGACGAGCCUUCUCAACCUGCCGAGUCUGAGGCUGAGCAUCUUGAACCCGUGUCAGACCAGCCGAUCGUCGAUAAGGAUGAUAAGCCAUCAUCGCCUCCACAAGAAGACAGCUCUGUUCAUGUCGAGAACGUGGCCGAAGAAGAGACUCAAGUUCCCGAAAUCUCUUCAGCGGAUAGAGACGAGGAGCUUGAGGAGGCAAAGGCGGCUGACGACCAUCCUGAGACUCAGGAGCCGGAGUCGGUCGUAGAAGAGCCAACAUCCGCCGUCGAGGACACGAGUCCACAAGCGGAUGACGAGCUGGCGCAGGACCGGCAAGUUGAUCUCGAGAGUGAGAAGGUCGAUGCUCUUCCGUCUAUGGACACCUCCGAAGCAUUCCCAGCUUCGCACGCUGAAGCCGACGAUGCUGUCGAGGAAACCAAGGCCGCUGACAACGUUACGGCGCCCCAUGAUAGAGAGAGGUCAACACCUGAAGUUUCUGCAAUCGACAGCGACGUACCAGCCCAGGCAACUGAGGUUGUCGACCCCGAAGGUGCCGAGGCAGCGUCUGCACAGCUUGAGAGCCACGAACCAGUACAAGCACCCGAGUCCGAAGUUGAGACCAAGGAGAUCAAUCAUGCACUCCCUGAGCCCGAAAGUGAUCACGAAGACAAGGGAGAGACCCUUGUUGCUCCCAUGGAAGAAGGCAAGCUUGCUCACGCUGAUGACUUGGCCGACGCCGACAAGAAUCUUUCAUCUGGCCCCGACGAGCACGAUGAGCACGACGAAGUCGUUGCCGCCGACGACUCUGCCGCACCGGUCGUCCACCGCGAUUCCAGCGAUCAUUCCGAGACUGCCCUCGAUGAAGCACCGACGUCAAGGUCUUUAGACAGCCCCCCUGUCGAAGAAUCACUUGCGACAAAGGCGGUCCACGAGGAUGUUCCAACCGUCGAGCUUCAUCAACAUGACGUUGAUGCUGAGCUCGAAGAGGCGCACUCAUCAGAGGCCGUCGACCAGACAAAGGUUGGACAUGACCAGGAGUCUUCGCAUGUCGAGACGAGUUUCCCUGCCGACGAGCCUUCGCGUAUCGAGGAGCAUUCAGAUGUCGAGAAAGAGGAGCAUCUUGAGCCCAGAGAAGCAUCGGCACAUAUCGGUCCUGAUGAGGAACAUAGCGCAGACUCCCCGACUGCGGUAGGGCAAGAUGAGCUCGUCCACAGAGAGGAAGAUGAUGAGCAUGAUGAGGGCGAUAAGUCUGUCAUAGCCGAGGACCAAGAGGAAGUCCUUAGACCUGGCACGCCAAUCGUCGAAGAUGCCCACCAGCCCAACUUCGAUGAGGAUAAGCACGACCACGACGACAGCACGGCACGCGGUCUUGAAGCCGGAGCCGAAGCCACUCAACGCAGUUUUGAACUUGACGAGGCCGAUGAUCACCACCCUGCCAGCUUCGACGAUUCCCAAGAACUUGGCGAAAAGCACGAUCUCUCAGUCAUCACUGAGCACACUGAGCCUGCCACCUCAGCAGCUGGUGAUACUUCCGGCUUAGCCGCAUCAUACUAUCAUCCUGACACUUUGAGCCGCAACGUCUCUGAAGCGCCAGAUGCCGCUGUUGAGAGCUCGUACAUGACCGAGACUACGAGCAUGGCUGCCGCUGCGGACCGGGAUCACGAUCAAGAGUACCACGAAGGCUUCGAGCCUAGUGCUAGCGCCCAUGACCAUGGAGAUGCCAGCUUCUCUUCUUCCACGAAGCAAGUUCACUUUGACGAUCACGUUGACAGCGUGGAUUACGAUGAUGACCACUCGUCACCGGUUCUCAGCGUCCGCGAGGAGGACAGCGAUGCGGAAGAGACUUACGUCAAUCCCUUUGCUAGACCGACGCAGCAGGCGGCAUACAAUCCCUUCGCCCAGCAAAUGGCGACAGAAACAUCGGAGGCAUCGAACAACCCCUUCGCCAGGAACACUACCACAGCCGCGGACUUCUUGCGUUCGGUCAGCCCUCAGGGACAGCGCUCGACAUCACCCGCGGCGGAGCACUUCCUGCGUUCUGCAAGCUCCUUUGGGUCUCAUCCUGACGAGCAGGCACGAGAGUCACCGGUCACCAACCCGUUUGCCAGGAGCACUGCUCCUACAGGUCGAAACUCAUCGGGCAGCCCCCUAGCCCAACGUUCACCAGGGAAUCCCUUUGCCCGUAGCACAACUCCAGGCAGUGACUUUGGCCACGAUGCAGAUGUGACGGGACACGAGUCCACGUUCGAAGAUCCAUUUGCUGCCGCUGCGCCGCCUGUCGAGGGUCGCCAGCCCACGCCUCAGGUUCCAGAGUCAUACAAUCCCUUUGCAAGGAGCCCUGCAUCCGACCGCAGUUUCCUUCCCACCGUCAGCACCCUCGGCGCUUCUCCCGUAGACACCAACCCGUUUGCAGCAGCCAGAAGCAGAGGAAGAAGUGGCACUGUGGGAAGCAUGGGAAGCAUGGGCAGCGGAGCCGAUGACACGAGUUUCGGCCAAGCCGUUCCAUCUAUCGUGGGCCAAGAAUACCCGGUUGGCCCUAUGGUAGACUCAGAUGAGGAGGGUGAAGAUCCCUUCAGCCUCGGCUCAGUAGGCCAAAGCACCAGCCCGCUGGCUUCCAGACUCGCAGUGACGCCGUUGGAUACCAUCCAGGAGCGCUACAAUAGCGAGUUGGAAGACAUGGACUCUGAUUCCGAAGAGCCUGAGAGUCUCACCGGCUCGCAACAACUGCCACCCUUGCAGCAACGAGUUCCUCCCUCGUUGCCUAGCAUCCAGGAGCGUCACGGCCAUGGCUUCGAAGACUCCGAUGAGGAAGAAGACUACAACUCGAACAUGCCUGGUCAGAUCAAUCCCGCGUUGACAUCAUCGCAGUACAGAGAAAGCCCUCCUCCGCCUCCCCCUCGCGUUCCAAGUUCCCAGGGCUUCUACCAGCAGGAAGCAGCAGACUCGUCCGAAGAUGAUGAGCAUGCAUUGGAAUCGCAGUCUGCUGCCUCACAAGGUCAUUACGGACAACAAUUUGAAGACUCUUCCGAAGAGGAACAGAAUGAUUGGGACAACGACUUCACUCCCGCCCAGCCGUCAACUCUUUCGACAUCGCAGUUCGGAGCCACUCCCCCGCCCCCGCCGCCUCCCCGUGUCCCCAGUUCCCUGUCACAGAGCAGACUUCACGUGGAGGACUCAGACGAGGAAGAUCAAGGUGUCUUACCCUCUCAAGAUUCACAGCCCUUCGCGAUGGCGUCUUCAGGUUACAGGGCUACACCCCCUCCUCCCCCGCCGCCUCGUGUGCCCAGUUCACAAGGCUUCCAUCAUCAAGAGCAAGCGGACUCAAGUGAGGACGAAAUCCCCAACAUCGCUCGACCUGGUCAGUUCCCCAUUUCAUCAACAUCUCAGUUCAGGGCCACCCCGCCCCCGCCCCCACCUCCGCGAGCCCCAGUCUCGCAGGGUCUCCAUGGCCAGGAUCUCUUGGAUACUAGUGACGAAGAAGAGGAUAUGGAUGAUGCUUGGGAAUCGAAUGCCACUCGGCCCGACCAGAUGCACAGUCUGUCGACGUCGCAGUACAGAGCGACCCCGCCACCGCCUCCGCCUCCGCGUGCCCCCAGCGCACAGGAUCGCUACCGUCAACCACUCGAAGACUCCGACAGUGAAGAGGAGGACUUGAAUGCUAAUAAGUAUGGCCAGACAACGGAUGUGACGGUGACACUCAACAACCAGUUGAUGGAGAGCGACCCGAUGGCAACCAACCCGAUGAGCCCAGCAAGCCCCCUGGAACCGAGUCCGAUGGCGACGACAAACCUGAUGAGGUCAACCAGCCCUCUGGCGACAGUAAGCCCGAUGUCAGCAAGCCCGACAGCCCAACAAUGCCCGAUGGAAACACCAUUCACGGCGUCGGGACCCAGAAGCAGUCAGGAUCUUCCAAGUCAUCCAAGAGAAGAAGACGGGGAAGAAAGCGAUGAUUCAUGGGAGAACAUCAACCAGCGCGGCGAGGCAGCCCGUCUUGCGGCCGACUCAGCAUUGCCCGCACCCACGCCUCAGCUGCGUGUGGACAACUACGAGCAGCAGUGGGCCAACGAAAGCAACGACCAGAUCUCCACGGCAUCGACUUACCUCACCCCAGCUGGACCGGGAGACUUCACGGACACCGAUUCGCAGGAGUACGCCACUCCCCUGGCUUCAGCCGGGUUCAGCGCGUCUUCGCAGUACACGCAAGGCGCUCUGGACUCACCGCGACAUCCGGAAUCUGCUGACAUCAAGGACAGCGCUUAUGGCCCAGCCUAUGCUCAAGCAACGUCUGGUGUUCCGCAUGGACAAGACAUUCCGGCCAGUCACCUCGAAGACUCCGACUCUGACAAUGACAGCGACUAUAUCACCCCGGGGAUCGCGCCUGCUGCUCCUUCAUUCUUGACCCAGUUCAACGCCCCUCAACAGCCAGAAGCAACUGAGCCGGUCUUGGAGCAGGUCAUCGACUCGUUCCAGAGCGACGACGACGAUGGACCAAAGACUGCAGUUAUGGCGUCCGACGAGCCUGUCACCCAGUACGCAUCUUCACGGUUUGGAGCAUCAUCAUGGCGUGACGAACUUCGAUCCCCGUCACUGUUCGGGGCUUCUAGGCACAGCCGCUCCGACUCUCUGAGGUCAGAGCUCCAAAAGUCCAUCCAUGAAGGUGCGGAGACUGGGCAGCCCUCUCCGUUGCAGACCCAGGCGUAUCAGCCCGAGGUCCAUGUCCAAGAGGUUCACAGCCCGGAGGAGGCUCAGAUGUACGGCCAGGCUUUCGGACAAGACCCGUAUGCUGCCGCUGCGCAACAAGCUCAAAUGUACGGGCAAGAUCCGUACGCGCAGCAGCAGUUUCAGCAGUUUGGUCACGUCCAAGAUGACGACGAGCAAUACGGGCGGCCACAGUACAGCCCGGACUACCAGCAAACUCAACACGGACAAUUGUCUUCACUAGAGGCCGAGUUGCAAGAGGCGGACGACUCAUCAGAGGAGGAGUUUGAACAUGCCACUCCACAGUUGGCACCCCAACAAAGUGAGCAAGCACCGGACGUGAGCCCCCUUGCUUUACGCCAGGAGUCAUCACCGGCUACUCCCUCGCGUGCCACUCCUGCUACACCUGUUCAAGGCACGCCCUCCACACCGUCUCGUGGUCUUGCCAACAGCAGACACAAUCCUGACCGACCACAGACACCGCCUUCCCAGCCGGUCGUGGAGGAAGACUUUGAUCCCGAUGCAUUCGUCCCGCGCGACGUGACCAACGUUCCUUGGCACGCUCGAACCGACUCUGUGCCGUACUCCGUACAGAGCCAGAGCACGAUAGACUCCAUGGCGUCGUCACCUAUUCACUCAGCGCUGCCUGUCGACAAGCACGAACCCGUCAUUCGGGACUCGUGGCCAGCCUCUGUGCAUAACCUGACGCGCCCGCGGAAUGAUUCUACUCUUACCGAUCGGUCCUUUGACGACCCCUUCAAGUAUGACGGUGGGGGCACCAAGUCACUUCAUGGAGCAUCGGGCUCCGUCGGAUCGACGUCCGACAGCCCUGGACGGGCUUCCGGCACAGGCAGUUCACCCGGAAGUCUCAUCAGUAGGAUGCGCGGGAUCUUCGAAGGCAACCAAGCAAAGCAAGAGCCCGCAAGCCCGGUCCGAUCCCGGCCGGUUUCAGGUGUCUUUCACCCAGUCCGACGUGCCAAGCCCGAGGAAGAGGACGACGGCCCCGGCUACCAGCGCAAGGCCGGGUUUCUCAACGAACACGAGGACGAGGUUGACGAGCAGAGCGCACUCCUACGAAACUCUGCUGGGGGGCUGGAGGCAAAUUGA